AUGAAGAGGAGAUUCGUAUGUCGAUCUCACCAGAACAGGACGGAGGAAUCCCGUGGUACUGCAGCGGCUUGGCUUUUAUACGACGUUCAGGUUGACGCAGCCCACGAGACCUCCUCCCUCGCUUCGGGUGAAAACAGGCCUAGCUUUCGUACAUCAAAUGAUAGACAUCAUCAGAGCUGGGCUUCAUUACUUUAUUGUCGCACCGAUUGGACUGGACUUUUUUUCGACCUCGCCUCGAUCGGCAUCCUAAACAGCCACAACGGGAAUCGAACUUGGACAUUACAACGCAUAAUCCUGACAUGUUACCACCGCAAAAAACUGGCACCAGUGCCUCUUGAUCGUAGGGUAGACGUCAGGACAGGCAAAUGCGAACCCCCGACGCAGGCUGGUGCAAACAUGUGGCGUGACAGAUCUUGUCGUGUGAACUUUGAAAGACCGUGCAAGCCGCUUGAGCUGCUUCUAAUGGGCGCCAGUCUGCUCUGUUCUGAGAUUCUUGGUAUUCAUCAGUGUCUGCGUUAUCUUCUUGCGUUUAAUCUUUAUUUUCUUGAUAUUUUUGAUUUUGAUAUUCUUGCUCUUCUUUAUCAUUUUCAUCUUACUUAUUCUCUUCAUCUACUUCAUGUUCGUGGUCUUCAACAGCGCCUUCUUUUUCUUCCUCUUCUUCCUAAUCUCUGUCUUCUACAUCUGUUUGAUCUUCUUGCUAGUCUUGCUUUCUUUUAUCAUUUUCAUCUCACUUAUUCUCUUAAUCUUCUUCAUAUUCUUCAUCUACUACAGCGUCUUCUUUUUCUUCCGCUUUUUCUUAAUCUCUGUCUUCUUCAUCUGUUUGAUCUUCUUGCUAUUCUUGCUCUUCUUUAUCAUUUUCAUCUCAAUUAUUCUUUUCAUCUUCUUCAUAUUCUUCGUCUUCUACAGCGUCUUCUUUUUCUUCCGCUUUUUCUUUAUCUCUGUCUUCCUUAUCUGUUCGAUCUUCUUGUUAUUCUUGCUCUUUUCUAUCAUUUUCAUCUUACUUAUUCUUUUCAUCUUCUUCAUCUUCUUCGUCUUCUACUGCGUCUUCUUUUUCUUCCGCUUCUUCUUUAUCUCUGUCUUCUUCAUCUGUUUGAUAUUCUUGUUAUUAUUGCUCUUUUCUAUGAUUUUCAUCUUACUUAUUCUUUUCAUCUUCUUCAUAUUCUUCAUCUUCUACAGCGUCUUCUUUUUCUUCCGCUUCUUCUCAAUUUCUGUCUUCUUUAUCUGUUCGAUCUUCUUGUUAUUCUUGCUCUUUUCUAUCAUUUUCCUCUUACUUAUUCUUUUCAUCUUCUUCGUCUUCUACAGCGUCUCCUUAAUCUUUGCCUUAUUCAUUUUCUUAACCCUUUUGUAUUUUUGGUUGUCUCCAACGCCUUCUUUUUUUUCUUUUUCUUCUUUAUCCCCAUCUGA